GGCGGCGGCGGUGUAGAGAGCAGAACUGGCCUCUCUGGGUGCGCCUCUGCUACAGCAGUUUGCAUCCCGGGCGCUUCCCCGCUUUCAGGACCUUCUCUGCUCAACAGCGCAGUGCGCUGAGUGACACCGACCAUGAGGGUGGCCGGGCCGCCUCCCCGCUCCCAGGUGGACAGAGAAUGAAAUCUGGCAAGCUGGUCGGUAUGGUCUGCAGACUCUCGGCGCCUGGCUCUCUGCUUCUCGGACUGCUGGUUGGCAUUCUCCCGAGAAGCACACUGGCGUUCGCCAUACCGGCUGAAAACCGCACUGCAAGGGAUCCUGGCUCCGUCCCCCGGAUCAUUGAGAUGCUGGGAGACGUGUAUGAAUACGUGCCCAUCCUGCAGGACUGGUGGCAUGCAGACGGGUACUGCCAGCAGCGCUUCGCUCGGUUGCCAUCUGAGCUGGCAUCUCUUGGGGAGAAGCUGCAGUCCCACCAAGUCCAGAGCGCAGUCUGGCUGGAUGACCGGGAGGUGUUCCUGCAGAAGCAGAAGCAGAGGCGAAACAUCUCUGCACCAAUCCUGGUCUUCAAGAACAAAACGGACACCAAGUUUGUGAAGGUCUUAGCUGACUUCCCAGAGAUGCCUGCCGUGAGUGCCUGCGCCCACGUCCAGUGGGACCCUGAGGCUGUGGAGAUCUCCACUGUCUUCUCCUACGCGGUCCCGGCUUUCAUCAACGAGUUCCAGCUGCGUGGCUUUGUCGACGAGGAUGGCUUUGUCCGGUUUGCCAUCAUCCUCCAUGGGCACCACUCCCCGUACCUGCCCGUUUUCCGUGCCGAUGGGCAGUGGCACCACUUCUGUGUCACAUGGCAGCAUCAGAAUGGGGCAUGGGCCAUCCACGCUGACGGGAAGGAGAAGGCCUCCGCCACAGGCCUUUCAGCCUCCCAUGCUGUGGAUGGCCACGGGAUGUUCAUUAUCGGGCAAGACCAGGACUCCCUGGGUGGGGCCUUCAAGGAGAAAGAGUCCUUCAGCGGGAACCUCACUGGUUUGCAUGUUUGGCGGAGGGUCCUCAGCAGGGAGCAGGUGGAGAAAGUCCGCUCCUGCAUCCCUAUCCAAGAGAGCCUCCUGUUUGCCUGGAGCAGCGACAUCCUAGAGGUGGAAGCCAGCAUCCAGCAGGCCACAGUGCAGCUCACCUGCCCAGGGCCCGUGGAGGAAUGCCGAAUGUUUCAGGUCGUCCAGGGAAGCCUCGCUUAUGCUCCUUGCCUGCAGAUGCUGCCUUUUGUCUGCCAUUACAAGAAAGAUCUUUAUUUGCAGUUGAAGAAAGCAGAGUCGAAACCUGUUCCACAGCUCAUAGCUCAGGUUAAUGCGCGAGCGAAUGCGACAGUGAUUCCCGAGAGUGUCUUCCAGGCAGAAGCCCGAGGCGUGGACGUUUCAGUAGCCGCUGGUUACCUAGGGGUGGUGGAGACUGUCCUGACGGACGUGGAGCCUCCAUCUCUGGAGGCAGGUGCUCUUCUGGGCAUCUUGCAACUCCUGAAGGAGGUCUCAGACUUAGAUGCCAACGAGCCGCAGGAACUGGCAAUGCUGGAGCAGCUGGGGCAGCACUACGUGGCAGUUGCCGGGGCAAUCCUGGAGGAGCAGAACGCUGAGGAGUGGUCCGAAAUAAAGCCGAUCCUUGAUGGACCCAUGACAGUUGUGGAAAACAUGGACAAGAUGGUUUCCAGCCUCCAUCAGCUCCUGAGUGCAGAGAGGCCCAAAGUCACCAUCCGGAGUAAGAACGUUGGAGUAGAAGUGCGACGUGUCUCUCUCGACCGAGCAACAGCUGAUGGCGCUGCGUACAUGAUGCUGAACCAAGACGCUCCAGACCAGAUUGAAGUCCCAAGGGAAGAAGUGGAGAGGCUGAGAGUGAGAGGUCUGCACCAGAUCACCAUGACCAACACCUGGUACGGCUACAGUUCCCUCCAGCGCCUUCUCACCAGUGGCACCGCUGUGCUCCAGGAUGCAGCCGUGUCAGACGGAGGAAGGAGGUACUUGAGCACCCAAGCUGGCUCCUCCAUUAUCUCCUCCUCUUUGGUCAGCGACUACGAGGAAAUCAGCACCGCCGUGCGUUACCGCCUCUGGCACCGGGUCCAGGCUCUGCCAGACCAGUUUGUGGAGCCAGUGUGCGCCUUCUGGAACUUCAGCAGAAGCCCCAAAGGAGGAAGAGGAGGAGGCUGGUCCACUGCAGGCUGCUCUGUUACCACCUCCCACCUGGAAUUCACCACCUGCUCUUGCAACCACACCACCAACUUUGCAGUGCUGCUGCAGGUCUACGAAGUGCAGAGGAGUGCAGAGGAGGAGUCAACCCUGAAGACCUUGACCUUUGUUGGCUGCGGUGUCUCGUUCUGCGCCCUGAUCGUCACCUUCGUCCUCUUCCUGGCAGUUGGUGUCCCCAAGAGCGAGAGGACCACAGUGCACAAGAACCUGAUAUUCGCGCUGGCAGCUGCGGAGGCCUUGCUCAUGUUCAGCGAAUUGGCCAAGACCCACCAGGGCGUGUGCUUUGCCGUCACAGCCUUCCUGCACCUCUUCUUCAUGGCUGCCUUCGCCUGGAUGCUGGUGGAAGGUCUUCUCCUGUGGAGCAAAGUGGUGGCUGUGAACAUGAGCGAGGACCGGCGGAUGCGGUUUUACUACGUGACUGGAUGGGGCCUUCCUGUGGUUAUUGUUGGUGUCACCCUGGCCACAUCAUUCAACAAGUACGUGGCAGAGAACCAUUGCUGGCUGAACGUGCAGACGGACAUCAUCUGGGCUUUUGUGGGGCCGGUCCUCUUUGUCCUGACGGUGAACACCUUUGUGCUUUUCCGAGUGGUGAUGGUGACUGUCUCCAGUGCACGGCGACGGUCAAGGAUGCUGACCCCCAACAGCAGCUUGGAAAAGCAGCUUGGCGUCCAGAUCUGGGCAACAGCCAAGCCAGUGCUGGUUCUGCUGCCAGUCCUGGGUCUGACCUGGGUGUGUGGUGUUCUUGUGCACGUCAGUAUCACGUGGGCCUACAUCUUCAUUGUGCUGAACUCCCUCCAGGGUCUCUACAUAUUCCUGGUCUACGCCAUCUACAACAGCGAGGUGCGAAAUGCCAUCCAGCGGAUGAAGGAGAAGAAAAAGGCUCUCUCUUUCACAAACUGUUCCCACCCAAUCAACUAUCUGUCAAGCCCUAGGAACACGUCCUGGGAGGUGGGUAAGUUUAGCCCCUCCACCCCAGAGAAUACAGCCUCCCCCUCCUCGGAGAAGGACUCUGCAACGAAGAACAGCAGCGGCAAGGGUACAAAGGGAACUUCAGCGCCAAAAUCCCAGCGGGACUUGCAUCAAUUAUGUCUCCAGAGAGGCCGGCUGUACAACUGACUGCAUUCAAGUCAUCAG